UAAGAUUUAACAGAAUAGAGCAUAAAAAACCCAAAAUUGAAGAAGAUUUUAUUCUCUUUCAAAUACAUUUUUAUUCAUCAUUCAAAAUUCUUGAAUGUGUACAAAAUUAAAAAAAGGAGCAUAUAUAUUCAAGAUUCUUAAACCAUAUAUGAAUUCUCCAUUAUAAAGAAUAUGCAUAGAUGUAUCAGAUAGGUCUCGAGGGGCCUUUUGGUUCGCGAUUGCCUAGUAAAUGAGUUAAGGAAGCUACUGAGGCGGAGUGAACGAAUCUUUGAUAAACAGUAGGAUUCCACUUCCCGCGUUGAGAUCAAGGAGGUGGAUCAUCCGCGUAUUGUCAGUCGCUCCUUCAGGUAUAUACUGAAGAGGACGGGCAGUCAAAAGUAGCAGACUGUAAACCCGGCCUCUCGUGCUUGUUUGUUGUAGACUUCGGAGAAGAGAAUAGAGGCAUUCGUCAGCUUACAUGAGGUCGUUGAACAUGAAGAAAAGAUGGAUGUUACCUCUUAUUAUAAGCUCAGUUAUAUCUGUUUCCCUUCUUGCAACCUUCUUCGACUUGGGCAUCUCGAUUUUCCCUUCCCGUGAUGUGGAGAGUCAAAUCACUUCUUUUUUUGGUGAAGAAAAAGCUCAGCGAGUUCCAAGUCCGCCUCCACCUCCUCCGCCACCUUCUCCACCACCUCCUCCUCCUCCUGCACCGCGUUUUGCUUAUUUCAUAUCCGGAUCAAAUGGUGAACUAGGUCAACUCUGGAGGACGUUGAAAUCGCUGUAUCAUCCGUGGAACUAUUACAUCGUUCAUCUGGACUUAAAAUCGUCAGUAGAGGAGAGACUAGAGCUUGCUUCAAGAGUUGCAAAAGAACCUGUUUUUGCCAAGGUUGGAAACGUGCACGUGAUUACGAAAGCAAACCUGGUGACAUACCGGGGUCCGACCAUGGUCUCUAACACGCUACACGCCGCCUCUAUUCUCCUGAAGAAGUAUAAGCACUGGGAUUGGUUUAUUAACCUGAGUGCUUCUGAUUAUCCCCUGCUAACUCAAGACGAUCUUCUCUACGUGUUUUCUCAAUUAAAACGCGACUAUAACUUCAUCGAGCACACAAGCCGGUUGAGAUGGAAAGAGGCGGAAAGAGCAAUGCCGCUUAUUAUAGACCCCGGGCUGUAUCAGAGUACUAAGUCCGAUAUAUUUUGGGUUGCACCAAGGAGAACUCUUCCUACAGCCUUUAAACUCUUUACCGGUGAG